UGAAAAAUAUCCGGUUUUGGCAGGAAGACAACUUUUUGUGCAUGGAUUAUCAAAUUCCUUGUCAGAUCGAUCUAAUUUUCAUUAGAACAUCAUAUUUUGAACAUUUUGAAGUUUAAUAAUAAGGACUAAGGACAUCAGGAUAUGUCUUGGAUUUCGUAAGAACAGUAGCAAAAUGUACGAUACUCCAGUCAGCCUGCAGGGCUGCUGUGUAGACUUUAUAUGUGAGAAUCUAGAGGCAUUAUGUGAUGUCAAUCCAGUGGAUUCUCCACUUCCAAAAAUGACAUUUAAAGACCCUGAUGUGUAUUUCCAUGGAGAUUUGUCAGAACAGCUUUUGACAAAGUUAUGUGACAAAGGAAAGUUGACUGAUGAUACAUUAAGUCUAUUUAAUCCUAAUACUACAAGCUUAAAAAGAGUAUCUAUUCAGAAUUCACAGCUAACUACAAGAGGAUUGAGAACCCUUCGUGCACACAGAAUUUUAGAUCUUGAGAUUAAAGGUCUACGAACAGUAACAGUGAAUGAUGUGAUUGGUUGCCUUGGAGAAUGGACACUUUCACAUCUAAAAUCACUGAAUGUCACACAUAGCACAUUUAUGAAUAGUACUAACUUCAUAGUAGUGAUUUCAUUGACAAAGCUACAAAACUUGCAAAGUCUGAACGUUAGUCACACAGAAUUCAAUAAUCAUGGCCUGGAGAUCAUUGCAACAGAUCUUCCUGGCCUAGAACAUUUGGACAUCUCAAAUACACGUGUCACAGAUAUAUCAUCAGUUAGAAAGUGCAAAGACAGAUUAAAAUCACUAUCCAUCUACAAUAUACGUCCACUAAAUGAGGAAGAAGUUAUUCCCAUCCUCUUUGAGAUGAAGCAUCUAGUUCACUUAGAUAUUUCAGAAGAUCCAUCAGUGCAGCCGCUUCUAAACUUACAAAAUGGAAGAUUUAAAAUUAAAGCGUUAUUAGCUGUGCCAUCUUGUUUACCAUGUCUGACAUCUUUAGAUAUUUCAGGAAAGGAAGGGGCCAAUGAAACAAUGAUCAGGGAUUUUAUGACAACACACACUAUGAGAUUUGUAGGUGCAGCUUUAACACCUUACUGUGAAUAUGAAAUGCUGGCAGAUGAGAUAAACACAGAUAUUGUUGUGACUGGUGAAGCCAAUGAGAAGCAGAUACUAGAAGCUCUAAAGAGAUAUGUGUUAAGAGCAGUUUAUGUUCAGAAGUCUCUAUAUACACUGUUUAGACUGACUCAGGUCAUGGUAGAACCUAGAGAAGAUAUAAUAAGGCUUGUAUUACCAGCAAUGAAUGGACAUCCUAAACAAUUAGGUGUACAAAUGGCAGCCACAGCAUGUUUAUAUAACUUGUCUAAAGGAGAUGUCGGAAUGAAAGUCCAUCCAGCUUGUCUGAAACAUGUAGUCAAUUCUACACUGUCAGCCAUGGAAAACUUUCCCAAUCAUCAACAGUUACAGAAAAAUGCAUUGUUGACAUUGUGCAGUGAUAGGAUACUACAGGAUGUGACAUUUGAUAGAUAUAGAUGUGCCAGACUUGUAAUGGAGUGUCUGUGUCAGUUUGAUGAAACAUCUAUGAAUAGGAUGUCUGUUGCUAUUUGCUCAAUACUUGCUGCCAAGAUUUCAACAGAACAAACAUCAAUGCUUGGAGCCAAAGCGAGAUACAUGAAAAAGAUGUUAGAACUUGUGAAACAGAAAGUAGAAAAUAAAGUUAUAGAUAUAACUCUGAAGUUUACACUUAGUGCUUUAUGGAACUUAACAGAUGAGUCUCCACCAACAUGUCAUGUAUUUCUGAAGGAAGGAGGUUUGGAUUUAUUUAUGGAAACAUUACAGGUUGUCAGUGAAAUGGAACCAGACACAAGAACACAAGUGGAAACAAAAAUACUUGGACUGCUGAACAAUAUUGCUGAAGUAAAAAAUCUUCGGGAAGCCUUGAUGAGAGAUGACUUUAUGAUGUUAGGAAGGAGGUUAAUGCAUGCAGAUCAGAUAGAUGUAGGAUACUUUGCUGCAGGAAUUAUAGCACACCUAGCCAGUGAUGGUCCUCAGUCAUGGCUUGUAGGAACUCCAGAAAGAGAGGAGUUAUUAAAUGAAUUAGGUGAAGUUGUUCUGAAAUGGGAACAACCUAGUGGUGAAAUGGUGGCAUAUAGGUCUUUUAAGCCCUUCUUUCCUUUACUACGAUGCAAGACAGCACCCACUGUACAGUUGUGGGCUGUGUGGGCUAUUCAACAUGUGUGUACUAAAAAUGGAAACCGUUAUUGUCCCAUGCUUGAAGAAGAAGGUGGUGCCCAUAUUUUAAAACAAAUGAUUGACAAUCCUGAGUCACAUGACCGUGUUGUUAAGAUUUCCAAAGAUAUACUCAUUCUUAGCAGAGAAAACAAGGCUCAAGCUCAGAAGAAGCGAGAAAAGAAAAGAUAACAUAGUCCUAUUUAGAGCUUCAAUUUUAUCUAUGAUAUUUCCUAUUGGAAAUGUGUACCUUCUGCAAUUAUUUUCUUCCUCAUUACUCAGAAUGGGGAGGAACUUUUUGUGAAGAUUGAAAAUAUGUAAAUAAAUGUUAAAGAUUACUGGCCCAACAUGUAUUUUGUUCAUUUUAUGUUAUGAUGUUUGUUUCCCUUGAUAUUUUUAAAAGAAAAUAACAAGACAUUAGUCAUCAUUGAGUUAGUGUUUGAAAUGUUUUCUUUAUACUAAGGUCUUAACCAAAAAGUUAUGUAAGAGAAAAACAAUUUGAUACUGACUGUAACAGUUUUACUAUUCAACAUGAUUUAGUUCAAUUUUUCAAACUCAAUUUGAAUCUUACAAAAUGUCUUAAGUUACAAUUUAAGUGCUAAGAAAUGAAGUGCUCUCAAUGACCUGAUCAAGUCUGAGUGUAUGAUGAAAGUUAGUUCUGGAAAAUUUAAUUUAUUUUUUAUGUUUGAUAUAUCUACAUAAGCAAGUUUAGUUAAGAAAUGAGCUCUUAAAAAAUAAUUUCACUGGUAAUAUUAUACUAUAAAUGGACUUGUUUGAAAUCAAGACUAAAAUCUUUGAAAUAUUAUCAAUCAUGUUUACAUAUGAAAAUUAAGAAAAAUGCUCAAACAAUCAUGAUGUUUAUUUCAUAGUAUGUAAGCCAAAGGGUAUUAUUUUGAAAUUGAUGCUAUUUGUGUUUAUACUAUCUUUAUUGUUCAUUAUGCGGAAACAUCAAUGCAAGAUUAUCAUUUAUCUGUGAAGUUUCAUACCCUUGUCCCAUUUUAAUUCAUGAUAUUACAGUUCAUUGUUGAUUGGUUUUUGGUCAUUAUAUUCAUUCCAGUUUGUGCAUUAGAAUGAUAAACAUAAUGUUAGCUUGCUGAUAUAUGUAAAAAGUGCUCCAAUUAUAUACCAGUUUCAUGGUCAUCUGGGGUUUUUCCUCAUCUGUAACAAUCAUUAUUCCCAAACAGCAAUUUAUUUAUUGAUAUUUCAGUUUAUUCUUCUGUAUGUAAAAUUUCAGUGAGUUGAUGGUGAACCAUCUUCAGUCGUCUGCAUAUGCUUGACAGUAUUAUCUAAAAUGCAUUUAUAACAGAAGUAUUCUUCAACCUUAAUUAAUUGGAAAAUACUAUGAAAGGUAUUUGAAAAUGUCAGUUUUAAUGAAAGUUUUUGGUUCUCAAAAAUAAUAGUGUCAAUUUUUUUUUUUUAAAUAAGUUAUUUUAUAAAGUGUCCCUAUGUAAUUAUUGUAAUAUCAUGGGUACUUAUUUUUUGUCAUUUCAGUAAGAAUAUAUUCCUGUAUGAAUAAAUAAGUAAUGCUUUUUUAUGAGAUAAUUGUGCUGUUGUACUUUUGGAUAUUGAACUAGAAACAUAAUGACCAUUUCUUAUUUUCUAUAAAUUGAGAUAAUUUAAUUUAAAUGAUGCAAGCUAUUUUAAUAACUGUAAAAGUGAUUAAUUUUGUGUUUUACAAUGUACCUAAAUUAAAUCAUUUUUUGUAAUGCAUACUUUAAUGAAAACUCAAUAUGGAAACAGAAAAAAAAAUUCAAGGGUUUUCAUGAAAAUCAUUUUCUAAUGUGUCAUUUUUGUAUCAUUAUGAAUCAAUCAUAAGUUAAUGUUGAGUUCAAAAUAUUGCAGUGCCCGAUGUCUCUAUGAUCAAAUUACAGAUUUCAUUUACAAUGUUUGUGACAUAACUUCAAUAUAAAAAAGAAGAUUUGGUAUGAUUGCCAAUGAGACAACUUUCCACAAAAGACCAAAAUGACACAAACAUUAACAAUUAAAGGUCACCGUACGGUCUUUAGCUUAUACAAUACAUAUUGUCCAAAUUUAUUCCAAGUUGCAGUCUGAUUUUUUUAGCUGUAUGUACUUUGCUGAAGUUGGUUUGUAAGAAGCAAGUGCAGUAUUUAAAAUCAUUCUUGCCAUUCAAUUUGUGUGAUUAAUAUUUUCAUGAAAAGGUAUUAAACACCUAGUUAUCCAAAUUAGUAGUUUUCAUAGUUGCAGUCUGUAUUCGUUUUAUUGUAAUGUGAAAUUCCUUUUGCUAGUGAAAGGUUAUUUUUUUUUAUCAUUGUUUAAAUGAUUUUUCAACUAUUGAUAUAUUUUUAGAAAAGAAAGUUUACUGCUUUUGUAAGAUAAGUGAAAUGUAAAAAUAUUAAAUCAUAUGAAAGGGAGAUAAUUUUCAUUGUGCUUAAUAUUUGAAACAUAUUAAUGAUCUUGCUAUUUAAUAGUCUCCCUUUAAUGUAAUGUCUUUCAGUAGACAUAACUCUAAAAAAAAUAUCAAAUUGAUUUUGCACAGUACUAUGUUAGAUAAACAAAGAAAUAAUUCAUUAAUUAAUCACAGAACAUAUCAAAUGUCGUUAUGAUAGAAAUUUACAUAUACACUAAUGGUUUCCAAACAUGUCAAAUAAUUAUGGUCAAACACUAUGUAUAAUAAAUUAAUAUGUAU